AUGGUAUUGACAAUCAAUAAAGGACAAGAAGCCACAUUACGGGCUUUGAUGGAAACAAUCAUUGCUCCCUUAGAUGAUGAUGAAGCAUUUGAUUUAGUAUUGGAUGCACAAGGCACACAACCUAUGACGUAUUCGAUUGAUGAUGUUGAUGAUGAGAAACCAAGAAGAAAGACAAAUGUGGAUUUAUCAGCUAUGGCAGCAUCAUCUGGUACAGAUGUGGAAAAUUCAGUGGGGUUAGUGCUAGAUGUAUUAGAACGAUCGACACAUAGAGCGGAUCAAACUCAAUUAUUAUUGGCAUUGAAAGCAUUAAACACGAACUGGGGAUGUGCCUUGCUAACAGGACACCGUCGUCCUUUUGCAGAACUGACGAGAGCUCAGAGGGAACAAGCCUUAUUACGUUGGAAAGCAUCACCUAUCUUACGUGUCCGUCAAUUCUAUCGGAUGAUCAAUGUCCUUACAACUUUUGUCAAUUUUUCACAUUCUGAUAUAUUACGUGCAUCUACAGGGUAUCCUUAUCCGCUUCACACACCGCCUGCACCUAGUAAACCAGUUGUCGAUGUGUAUGGACGGUCCACAGAGCCAUACAAAAUGUUAGGGUUCUAUGAAGCAAAUGAUUUACAAUCUUAUCGAUUUGAUGCGAUCAUCGUUGGUUCUGGUGGUGGAGGUGGAGUGAUUGCAGCCCAGAUUGCUGCUGCUGGAAAAUCUGUGUUGGUACUUGAAAAAGGGAAGUAUUAUCUUAACGAGGAAUUUGGUCCAGAUGAAGCAACUGGUUUAUCGAAAACUUAUGAAGCAAGUGGUUUUCUCGUCAGUAAAGAAGGCACCUGUCUUUUGCUUGCAGGAAGUACAUGGGGUGGAGGAACUACCAUCAAUUGGGGUGCCACUCUCGAUCCUCCUCAAUCAUUAUUGGAUGAAUGGUCAGAGUUUACUGGUGGUGGUUUUGAUCCUGAAGUAUUCAAACAAGAUUUGGCUACUGUUAGAGAAAGAAUUGGUGCGUCGACCGUAAAUGUUGAAUAUAGUAAUCCAAACAAGAUAAUCCAAGAAGGUUGCAAAAAGCUGGGUUUACCUGAAUACAGAUGUGGUAUCAAUUCCCGUGGUAUACCUCAUGACUGCAAGUUAUGUUUUGUGGGCUGUCGAGAUGGUAUAAAGCAAGGAACGGCAAAUUCUUGGCUUCGGGAUGCUGAAGCUGAUGGUGCUCGCUUUAUGGAUCAAACAGAAGUAACCAAAGUACUGAUACAAAAUGGCAAGGCAAUUGGUGUGGAGUGUCUAGUCAAAGGAAGUACCAAGUUUACAUUCAAGUCCAAACUAGUUGUGGUUGCAGGAGGAAGUCUUCAUACACCAAAUAUUUUACGACGUAGUGGAUUACGCAACAGACAUAUUGGCAGAAAUCUUCGACUUCAUUUAUCAACAGUUGUCAUGGGUUAUUAUGAUACACCACAAGAUCCAUUUGAAGGGAAUAUCUUGACGACCGUUAGUAAUGUCCCGAACAACGACUCUAGUGAUCAUCAUGGUGCAAAAGUGGAAGUACCCUCUCUACUUCCUGCUCUGAAUUCAGUUCUUCAUCCAUGGCGUGGUUGUCUCCAUUUCAAGCAAACAAUGGCCAAGUAUCACCGUGCUGCACCUAUGUUAAUUCUUGGAAAUGAUCGUGAUUCUGUCAAUUCUGUAACUGAACAAGAUGGUCAUGUUAGUGUGUCUACUCACCUCUCCAAGCAUGAUGAACAAUCAUUGAUCAAUGGUGUGAUCCGUGCCUAUCGUAUUUUGGCUGUUACUGGUGCAAGGGAACUUCAUCAUUCGCAAUAUGUGGUUGAACCGUUUAUAUUUGAUAAAGGUGUGACAGGUGUGGAUGCUGUCAAGGAUCCCAAGUUUCUAGCAUGGUUAGAUCGUGUUCGUCAAGGUGGUAUUCCUGAUGUAACAUUGACUGCUCAUCAAAUGGGUUCAUGUCGUAUGGGAAAAGAUGCCCAAAGCUCUGUUUGUCAACCUACUGGAGAAACAUGGGAAAUCGAGAACUUGUAUGUUGGUGAUAGUUCUCUCUUUGUUACUUCUUCUGGUGUCAAUCCAAUGUUAACUGUUGAAACAUUGGCAUAUGGUGUGGGAAGACAUAUUGUCAAAAGAUUACAAAAAUUAUAG